AUGAAAAUUGUCCAUCUCCUGCUUCUUUUCGCUACAACUCUCGUUUUGGUCACGCUCGGAAAUGGAAGUCAGAUCGUGAGUUCAAGUUUGAGCGAGUAUUGUAGAGUUUAACAUUGUCAUAGAGCUUUGAGAUCUUGUUUUUUGAAAACACCACACAUUUAACUGUAUUUUUGUAGUUGACCAUUUUUCUCUAUGACCAUUCCUUCGAGUACUGUAGGCCUUGGAAGUUAGCAUGGGCUUUCAGCUAUUGUUUAUUUUCAAGAGCUACAGUAGUCGUAGGCGUGGUUUUAUGAAAAUCUUGUCAACUACAAAAAUGUUUGUCAUACCUAGUAUUGUAUUUUUGUAGUUGAUCAUUUUUUAAUACAAUCACUCCCAAGGGUACUGUAGCUCUUGAAAGUUUCUUGAAAGAGCUACUGUAAUGGUUGUUAACAAAAAGCGUGUCCUUAUAGAAAUGGAGCUCUAGAAAUGAUGAUUAUUUUUAUAAACGAUAACAAUAUAGCCACUUUCAAGAGCUACAGUACUCGCUUUCUUUUUCUAGGCGAUCAUUUUUCUGUAUAACCACUCUCUGGGGUACUGUAGCACUUGGAGUAGACCUUUAGCUAUUGUUACCUUCCAAGCGCUACCGUAUCUCUAAACAUGGUCCUACAAAAAAAGUGUCAACUACAAAAAUAUUUCUUAUUCCUAGAGCUUUGUUUUUGCAGUUGAUCACUUUUCUCUAUAACCAUUAUUUGGAAUACUGUAAGCGUUGAAAGAUAGCUUAGGCUUUCAGCUAGUGCAAACUUCCAAGAGCUACAGUAGUCUAGGGAGUGGUUUUACUGAAAACUUGUCAACUACGAAAUUGUUUCUCAUUUCUAGACCUUUAUUUUUGUAAUUCAACAUUUUUCUGUAAAUUCACUCCUAAUGAUACUGUAGCUCUUGGAAGUUGACAAUAGCUGAACGCCUAGCUGAAGGGAUUCUAUAUUUUUAGAAGUGCACAGAGGCCAGUGCGGGACGUUUUGCCACUCUAAAAUAUCCCUUCAAUUCCCUUAAUCCGCUAAACCAACUCUUUUCGUCAGAAAGACUCCUAUGAAGACGUGGAAGUUGGCGGUGAGCCGUCCGAGUUUCCAAGUUACCAUCUGCUCGAAUUGAACUGGGGAAUCGAGAAAUUGAUCACCUUCACCAAACUUAUCAGCUCGGCAACUUUGUUUUUUCGCCUCAAGCCUGCCUGACAUCACUCGCCAAGUUGCACGUCAUCGGCCGUUUGUUCAACGAAGAGGAGGAGCCGGGAGCGGUGGAGGAGAUUGAGAAUCGUCUGUUCGCAUUCCAUCUCGGCAAUGCGGUCGAAGUCGUCCUGCAAAGAGCGAGUUUUCACUUAUUCAUACAAGUAUUUUUGUAAUUCUAGGGCCUAAAUUUGAAGCCAUUCUUGACCCUAUUCAAAUUUGUGCCACCGAGCCGUCUUUAGCGCGCUCUUCUAGUCGAAAAACGAACGCAUUGUUCAUAAUAAAUACUCAAGAAUUUCAGGAAAAUACGCGUUCCGGCUUCUUUUUCUCCAGCGACUGGGAGAUGAAAUUUCGAGAAUUCCGGAGGCGCCUUUCAAAACGUCAUUCGGUGAUACUAUACAACUUCCAUACCUCGAGGCCAACUGCUCGGAUUUCAAGUGCAGUUAUGUCCAAUUCAAGGGCUACGAGGUUUGCAUUUUUAAUUUGCAUUUGUCUUACUAAAUAACUCAUAUGUUCUGAAAACUUGACACAUUUUGCUAUAUUUUUGCAGUUGAUCACUUUUCUCUAUGACCCACAGAAGCUAUCGUUAACUUUCAAGAGCUACAGUAGUCGUAGGAGUGGUUUUACUGAAAAGUUGUCAACUACAAAAAUGUUUGUCAUAUCUAGUAUUGUAUUUUUGUAGUUGAUCAUUUUUCUGCAAAACCACUUUUAAGGCUACUGUAGCUCUUGAAAGUGUGACAACUUCAAAGAGCUACCGCGUCUUUUAAACGGUUGUACAAACAAAGUGUGCAAUUUGAAAAUGAAGCUCUUAAAUUGUGUAGAUUAUGUUCAACUACAGUAAACCUAAUAUUUCUCCAAUUCAGGCACUCUCCAUCCCGCUGGAGAACGGAACCGAAUUCGUCAUUUUCCGAAAGUUGCCAGGAGUCGACAAGUUCUUCGACGUCAUUCUGUUUCCGCGGGUGCUCGAACGGCUCGAGCCAGUGGAGAGUGUGAGAAUUCGGAUCCCGGAAUUCAGGAUCCAAAAGUCCUUCUAUCUCUUAGAUUAUCCAAGGGCACUGGCAUUGAAACGGACCACCUCGCCGGAAUCGAUGUGAGUUUGAUUUGAAAGUGGUUGUCCUAGCAUUUACGCUCGGUUCUAGUACAUAACUUUAAAAAAAUCAUAGCUAGGGCCUGAUCUGGAACUUUACUUCUCGCCGUCCGAUGUACUUUCAAAGCACUUCAUCUUUGGACAAUUAUAUCUCGAGAUCCGAUGAUUAAUUCAAAAAGUGUUCAACUAAAAAGUUGUAGCAAAUUUUAUGCUCAACAACUUUUAGUUGAUCAUUUUAACUCGACACUUGUUGUGUUCGAGUUAUAGCCAAAUUUCAAAACUCAACCAAAUUCCGUGAUCAAUGUUUUAGCUCUUCGACGAAGGGAUCACUUUCAAAAAGUCGAGCAGGGAUGAUAGCUGGAAUGGGAAAGAUCCGAAAGAUGUGAUCACCUCGAAAGACAUCGAAACGCUAUUCGACUUUUACGCCCACGAUCCGUUCUUCUUUUCGGUGAUGAAGAUGCCGACGCCGCUUCUGAUGGGCCUCUUCCGUGGCGACUGA